GUAGGUGACAAGCGUGCUUACAUAGCAAGACUGGUCAAGACAUCUGAAAGUCGGUUUCGCGUACCGCGCGGUCUAGGCAUCGUGACCUCGAUUGGAUAAACCAACUACCGAACGCAACAAUGCGCUGCUCGGCAAGCCAGCGCUCCAGCGGGGAGCUGGGCCAGCGGUCCCGCUCGGCGGGUUUGUGUGUGGCCCAGGCGCGUGUGCGGUCUUCAGUGGUCGGACGCGCCUCGCCAUCUGCCAGCACCAGCAUCGCGCCCACUCAGCAGCAACUGCCGGCUGAGGGUGGAGAUGGCCGUGGCGUGAGCCUGGGGCCGGUGACAGCUGAGCAGCUGGCCGCGCACAACACGCUGUUCACGUCACUGCUGAAGGAGUACGCCUACUGGGUGGAGGACGAGUGGGUGACCGGCACCAUCCCGCCGGAGCUGUGCGGCACCUACUUCCGCAACGGACCCGGCCUGCAGACCGGUCAACAUCGCCCGCUCGAGGAGCUCUUGAGCCAGGCCAAAUCGCUCUCGCGGCUCUGCCACCAGUUUGGCGGCACCUCCGCCUCGGGCGGCCUGGCAUCAUCAGGCCUGAGCUCGCGAACAUUUGCAGAGGGCGCCACCGUGCACAGCAGCUCCGGCGCCGCCAACAGCACCGGAGGCCGCAACUUCAGCCGCGCCAGCAGCAGCAAGGCAGCCAGCGGUGCAGCCGCCCCCAGCCCGUCCAGCUUCGGCGCCGCAGCCGAGUCAGCGGCACAACCCGACGACGGCGCCGGAGGAGGAGCCGCAUCGCUCAUACGCGCGACGCGCUUGCGAGACGUGAGCCCGGCCGCCACCGCCGCCGCGCCGCGCUACCUAGCCAGCCCCGCCGGCUCUCCGGCCAUGCAGGGCCGCAUGUCAUAUCUGGGUGACAGCGGUGCGCGCAGUGUCGAGCUUCCCGUCUUCCGCCGUGCCAGCAAUGGCGGCCUGAAACUGGCGGCGGCGGUUGCGGCGGCCGCGGCAGCAGGCGAGGCUGCCGGCAUCGCUGGCGCACAGUCGCCGACGGCGCUGUCAGGCGCGGCGUCGCCGUUCGGAACGCGCUCACGACACGCUCUAUUUCAGGGCGCGGGGCUGGGCAGUCCGAGUUCUGGCGGCCUUGCAGCUAGCCCUGGUGGCGGCGGCGGCGGUGGCAGCGGUGCGGGAAGCCCGCUAGGGUCGGCGGCGGUGACGAGCUUGGGCGGCAGCAGCAAGAAGAGCAACGUCAUUCAGUGGAACGAGCACGGUGGCGGCUCCAAUCGCGCCCUGCGCAGCGCCACGCCACUGCCACCGCCGCCCCUGCCUCAACACCUGUAUUCGGGAUUGCGACCGGUGCAGCCGUUGCCGCACGCGCCGCAGUGGCAACAGGCCAGCCCGGCGCUCUCGGAGCCGCACCAUCUGCAAUCGCUGUCGCCCGUGCCGCACCCGCCGCCGCCGCACCCACCGCCGCGCCGCGCGCCGUCCUUGCUCCAGCAGCAGCAGCCCCCACCGCGGCGGGCCAGCAGCCACCACCUCUCCGCGCCGCUCGUGCCGCUGCUUGUGUCCAUGGCCGGCGGCGCGGCGGCCUCCGGGCACAGCUCCCGCGGCGCCUCAUCGUUCCGGCAGCACCCAGCCGACGCACAGCUUGCGGCCAUAGGCUACGAGUCUGACGGCGCGGACGGAGACAAUGACGGCGGUGCAACGCUGCCUGGCGGCGCCGGCCGGGAGCGCACCAGCAACGGCCGGGAGCGCACCAGCGCCGGCGCCGAGCUGCGCGCUGGCAUUGCGGUGGCCGCCGCCGGCAGCGGUGACAGCAGCAGCAACAGCAGCAGCGGCGGCCGCGGCGGUGGUCAUGAGACGCACACGCUGCAGGCUGCCAAGCCACAAGCGCUGCAGCAGUCCACGUCGCAACACCAACGGCAGUCGCAGCCGCAGCCGGGGUCGAAGCAAACCUCGCCGCACCACUCCGGUGCGCACGCGCAUGUCUCAUCCACGCGGUCGCGCAACCGCUUCACGGUCUCCGACGACGGGCGCGGCCCGAACUCCGCGAGCGCUCGCCCCGCCGCCGGCGCGGCAGGCGCUGCCGCCACCGCGGCCCUGUCGGCAAUGGCUGCGGGCCUGGCGGGUGUGGGCAUUGGCGCGUCCACGACGAGGCGGCUGGCAGGCGGCGCCUCCACCGGUCCGGCCCUGCGCAUUUGCUCCUUGCCGCGCCAGCAUCACAGCUCCGCGCAGCCGCACACGGCCCGGCAGCACCCCGCGCAGCCGCCAUACCAGCAUCAAGGCAGCGGCGGCGGUGGCGGCGGUGUGGACGGUCUAGACAUGUUUGCAGACGCCCACGGGCUGCUGCCGACAGUCUUCUCGGCGACUGACGGCGCGGAGGCGGCGGCAGUGGCAGCUGCAGCGGGCGCCGCGGCAGGGCCGAGCGACAAGGAGCGCCGCAUGCCGCAGCACGCUCGGACCUCUCAGCCCGCCGGCUUCGUCGUGCAGGACCUGCAAACCAUGUCGAUGCCUCAGCCGGCCAUGGAGCGGAGCUCGGACGCGCGGUCCGCGGCGGGUGGUGACGACGGCGGCGGCGGCGGCGUGGCGUCUGGGCUUGAGCGGACUGGGUCGCGCAGUCGGCUGAAGGCGCUGGUGCCCUCGUUGAUGCGGUCGCUGAUGCGGGGUGCGGCGGCGCUUGUGAACCGCAAGGACAAGUCGCAUGGGGCAGUGGCGGCGGCAGGUGGCAGCGACCUUGCAGCGGUUUCUGUCGGCAGCAGCCAGGUGGUGCCGCUGUGAGGCGUGCGGCAGUGCCGACGGCAGUAGCGCCAGCAGCGGCAGUAGCAGCAGCAACGGCUAUGAGUUGUGGGGACUUCCGGCAGUGACAUCAGGACGUUAGGCUGUGUAGGGUGUUGAUGUGGUCGCAGCGCCGCGCCGACAACGAGUGUGUGAUGGCGUGUUGGCGCCAACCCGACUAGCAGGUACAACGCAACGAGUUCAAAGAAACAUGAUACAUGUUGUCUAGGAAACAUUCGCCUGGGCGUAAGUUAGUAUAUCACUAGAGUUCACUUUAGAUGGGGGGGCACAGACCAGCUACGAUGCAGUUGAAAGGUGUGUGCGUCGGCUGUAGGGGCAUGCUGGGACUGAGUGGGACAAGAGGGUGCAUCUGCAUGUCGCGUUCUGCGUGUGUAUGGGAACGCAAGCAGCUCUGAAGUUUAGGAUGGCGGAGCCCGGCUCUUGCAAUGUUAUGGAUGUGUGUGUUACUGUUGUUCUAGUGGCUGGUGGCGGGUUUUUUUUACUAUAGGAGGCUGUGGGCGGACCUGGCUAGCCACACACGCCAUAUUGUGGCGGUGACGCUAGUCUGGUGGCUCACCCGAACACUGCUGCGGCAUCCUGCAUCAGGCGUAGCUGAUACCGCAAACAGAUGGAGACACAGACAUACACGACAGUUAUUGAGGCAUUGUGGGACGACGCAGGUUUGGGCGUACAGCGAAAUGUAGAGCUACUGUAGAACCGUUCUAUCGUGAAUUAAGUGCAAUGUCGUUAGAGGGGUCCGCUUGUGCGUGGGGGUCGCAGUUCGCCAAUCGCUUUUCCCCCGCCAUGUAUUGCAAGACAAGCAGCAGCCAAUGGCUUUGGUCUGGCUGGCUGCAGUGAUACACCUAAGCAAACAAACACCUUGACUGCGCACCAAAAGAGUUUGCGGCGGAUUAAAAUUGAUUGUUAUGCGUGCGCGGAUGUGUCAGUGCCAGCAGCAGCAUGUCUGGCGCGUGGUGGGGCAAGGGGUUGUGGUGGCGGUCACCGCCGGCGCCGUCUGUGUACGUGAUUCAUGUAUUCGCUGCAUGGCCACUCAAGGACACCGUCGCAGAUGCUGAGGCGGCAGUGGGUGUGCGUGCAGCGUGCUUGUGGUCUUUCGCUUGUGGUAGCGCGGGGCAGCAGUCAUCCCAGGCAAGCAGCAAAUGCUGUGCGGUCCUGAACGCGUGUGAGAACAUAUGUGUGUUCUGCGCGCGAUCAGCGAUCUACGCACCGGCUAUGUAAACGCUGUGGUGACAGGCAGGAGGUACUUUGAUACAGGCUCCGUGGCCUGAGCAAAUGCGCUGCAAUGAUAAGGCGGCACUGUGUAGACCGGCAUGGCCCUUUCGACGAAGAAGGCGAAGAAAAAUAAGAGGGUCCAGGGGGAGUUUGUAAGUACC